CUUGGUCUAUUUUUUAAUAAUAUCUAAAAAUAUCAAUUUUGCAAAGCAAAUCAUAUUCUUCGCUCAAAAUCAAAAUUCUACAGCCCAACUCAUUUGCCGCGGAAACCUAAAAAAUUCAACAAUGGAAGAUGAAGAACUCUGGGAUUUCGAUUCAGAAUCGCUGAGCUUCGAGAAGGAUCGGCAUAUAUACUAUCUGGAGAUGAUGUAUCGGGGGCUGCCUGCUCCCUAUCAAGGCCAAGAGAUCAACCGCCUCACUCUCGCCUACUUCGUCAUCUCCGGCCUCGACAUCUUCGCCGCUCUCGAUCGAAUUGACAAAGAAGCAGUCAUUAAUUGGGUUUUAUCACUUCAAGCUUAUCCAAAGAAUGACAGAACAUUUGAAAAUGGCCAGUUCUACGGAUUCCAUGGUUCCAGAAGCUCCCAAUUCCAAUCAGAUAAUAGCGGGGCUGCAAAACUCAAUGCCAGUCACCUAGCAAGCACGUAUUGUGCACUGGCAAUAUUAAAGACUGUUGGCUAUGAUUUAUCUCAAAUAGACUCUGAAUUAUUAUUGAAAUCAAUGAGAACUCUGCAACAGCCUAAUGGAUGUUUUAUGCCCGUUCACACUGGAGGAGAAACAGAUCUCCGCUUUGUGUUUUGUGCAGCGGCCAUUUGUUCAAUGUUGAAGAAUUGGACUGGCAUGGAUCGUGAGAAGGCUAAGGAAUUUAUUAGAAAUUGCCAGUCGUAUGACGGUGGAUUUGGACUGAUUCCAGUUGCAGAAUCUCAUGGUGGUGCCACUUAUUGUGCUGUUGCAUCUCUUAAACUGAUGGGGUUCUUGGGAGAAGAUUCACUAUCUGAAAAAGCAUCCUCUGAUGUCAUCAAUGUGCCAUUGCUUCUGGAUUGGAGUUUGCAGAAGCAGGCAUUCGAAGAUGGUGGCUUCCGAGGUAGAGCGAACAAGCCAACUGAUACGUGUUACGCUUUUUGGGUGGGAGGAACUCUAAGGAUUCUACAAGCCGAUAAAUUCAUAAACGAGGAAGCAUUGCGUGGAUUUUUGCUGACUUGUCAAUAUAAGCUUGACCCUGGAUCUCCUCUCUUGUGCCAGUAUGGUGGUUUCAGUAAAUUCCCACGGGUGUUGCCAGAUAUUUACCACUCCUAUUAUGGAUUUUGCGCAUUUAGCAUGUUGAGAGAACCCGGUCUCAACCCUUUAUGCGUUGAACUGGGUAUAUCGGCUAUUGCUGCAAUUGGACUUUGAGUGCUGCACUGGCACAAGAUCAGACCCGAGUAAAGAAGUAUACCACGAUCAGCUACACUAACAGCACCAUAACUACAAUUUUCUGCAAGAAAUUUAUCCAGGUUUCUGUGUUUCUUUUUCCAUUGUCUUGUUUAUAGCCACACAUUGCUGUAGUAAGUAACUUAAGCUUAGUCGAACAUAUUUCUUGAAUCUUGAUUGCAAAAAACACUGUUAUGAACUUCGACUCAUUUUGCAAUUUAGGGUACGAUCUUUGGAAUGUCGAAAUAUGGUCGACAUGUUA